AAAUAAAUCAUUAAAUAAAUAGCCCAACACAAUAUGUCUUCGAGGUUCAGUGGUGCACUGCAGCUAACUGAUUUAGAUGAUUUCAUUACACCAUCACAGGAAUGUAUAAAGCCAGUGACGGUAGAUAAAACAACAUCAGCAUCAAAGACUGGGGCUAAAAUAACGGUGCAGGCGGAUGGCUACUAUGAGGAAUCGGAGAGCGGCAAACAAAAGCUGCAGAAGGUGGAAAUCACUCUGCAGGAUUGCUUGGCUUGCUCUGGCUGCAUAACCUCAGCUGAGGGAGUACUCAUUACACAGCAAAGUCAGGAAGAGCUACUAAAGGUUUUGAGGGAAAAUGCAAAAGUAAAAGCCACUGGAGACAUGGAGCAAGUUCGCACCAUCGUUUUCACCAUUGCAACACAGCCCCUACUGAGCCUGGCCCAUCGCUAUCAGUUAAGUGUGGAAGAAACUGCUCGUCACUUGGCAGGCUACUUUCGCAGCCUGGGAGUGGACUAUGUUCUAUGCACCAAAGUGGCUGACGACCUGGCGCUCCUGGAGUGCCAACAGGAGUUCGUGGAGCGAUAUCGAGACAACGAGGAGUUAACCAUGCUAAGUUCUUCGUGCCCUGGAUGGGUGUGCUACGCAGAGAAGACACAUGGAACUUUUAUACUGCCUUACAUAGCGACCACGCGCUCGCCCCAGCAGAUUAUGGGCGUGCUGGUGAAGCAGUUUCUGGCUGAGAAACUUAAUAUACCCGGUUCACGGAUAUAUCACGUCACAGUAAUGCCUUGCUACGACAAGAAGCUCGAAGCGUCUCGCAUGGAUUUCUACAGUGAAGUGAAUGAAUCGCGGGAUGUGGACUGUGUUAUUACUUCAGUUGAGGUGGAGCAAAUGUUGACCGAAGACGAACGGGCACUAUCGGAACACGAAGCUUCAGAUCUGGACUGGCCAUGGUCGGAUCAGCCGCCCGAAUCUAUGGUCUGGUCCCACGAGGCUACACUCUCAGGCGGUUAUGCAGAGCACAUCUUUAAAUUUGCAGCCAAAGAACUAUUUAGCGAGGAUCCCCCAUCCGAGCUGAACUUCAAGCAGCUCCGAAAUCGUGACUUUCGAGAGAUUUCACUGCAAAAGGAUGGCAAGCCAGUUCUGAAGUUUGCCAUUGCGAAUGGGUUCCGAAACAUACAGAAUCUGGUGCAAAAGCUAAAGCGAGGGAAAGGUGCAAACUAUCAUUUUGUUGAGGUUAUGGCUUGUCCCUCCGGCUGCGUAAAUGGUGGGGCCCAGGUGCGUCCAACCACUGGCCAGCAUGUCAGCGAGCUCACCCAGCAGCUGGAGGAAUUGUAUAAGAAACUUCCACGCUCUCAGCCUGACAAUGCGCUGACGAAGCAGAUCUAUGCGGAGUUCCUUGAUGGUGCCCAAACGGAAAAGUCAAAUGAUCUGCUCCAUACCAGCUACCAUGCAGUGGAAAAGCUCUCGACAGCACUUAAUAUUAAAUGGUGAUUUGGUUUACGAUCUUGUUAAUAUCUGUACAUACACACAUCAAAUUUGAUUUGAUUUGAUUGAAUAUUACGUUGGGUGUGGGAAAUGCAAGCCGUAAUUUUUCAAAGUUUCCGCGGGUAUUAACGGUAACAACUUUCACCUUUACGCGAUUAUAAUCGGGCAGUGCGCAUGUCCAACCCAGUAGCGAGAAGGGCCACGACCACCCGACCGGCUGGUAGCGGCAGCUGCAUCAGGAAGCAUAUUUGGUGAAGGAAGGUCAAGUCGUGUUAUCGUUGUCUCGUGCUGUGUGGCUGGUUGAAUAAAAAAUCAAUGAGCUUCAAGCAAAUGUCCUUAGAAUCAAAAACGUUGAAUAUCGUUGACAUUUUUAAUCAGAGUUAUCGUUUGGUGGGCUGAUAAAAUCAAUACAAAUGCCGCAGGACAUCGAGCGAACCGUAUCCUGGGAGUAGGCUUUGCGUAACCAAGCA